UGGUGCAAUCUGAGGGGGAUUCAGGGUGGAAAUUGAGGAGGGUGUGGAGCAGUGACACCUGGAGCUAUUCAGAUUAAAGGCAAAUCGAGACCGAUUUGGAAAUUAAAUCAAGAACUAGACCCAUAAUAUAGACAGCAAGGAAAGGGCAGCCCAGUGCCAGCCAGGCAGCCUGCUCUGGUGGGCUUGCUGCACAUCGGAAGGGAAUGCUGCAGCUACUGCUGUUAUCUGAGCUCUUGGAGACGAGGCUCCUCCUCUUCCUUAACUCUUCCCGAGUUAGGAGAGCUGUGACUGCUCUUGAAUGCUGCUCCAGCGUGCCUGUAUUGCCACCAGCGAUGGGAGCCUCUUGUGCUCAGGAGUUGGCUGUCACAGUGCACUGUUCAGUGGCGGGAUUACAGCUCUGAUGUUGCAAUCUGUUGUGCAUGGUGCAUGUGCCCCCUGCAUCUAAUAACACAGACUCUGUUGUUCUCCUUGCAAGCUUGGAUGCUUUCCCCAUCCCUCACCUGGUGAGGUGGUUCAGCAAGGUAAAGACCACUCAGACAGCCCCCCCUCCAGCUGCGGAGAACCUGCGCCAGGUGCAGUGGCAAGCCCAGGAUCCAAAUCUGCGCAUCCCCGGAUCCUCUGAGACAGGCAGUCCUGAUCCAGCACUGAUUUGGGACCACAACACUCGCAGUUUGGCAAAGAGCUGGCUCUGGAGUUCAGACCUUCUGGAAUCCUUCUCUUUCAAAGUGGAGCAUCAAGGCUCAGGAUCAGUCUUUUCAGGCAUGGUGAUGAAAGGCAUGAUCCAACAGGAGCCUUCAGACCAGAACAAUACACCCCAUGGGAAUGAAGAUGAAAAGACACACAAAGAGAAGGGUGCAGAAGAAGUGAAAGACUUAACCAUAUGCACCAAUGUCCAGCCAGCCCCCUUUGCUGAGAGGAAGAACGUUUUACAGUUACGGCUUCAACAGAGAAGAACCCGUGAGCAGCUGGCAGACCAGGGCAUCAUGCCACCACUGAAAAGCCCAUCUGCAUUCCAUGAACAAAGGAAAAACCUGGAGAGAGCCAAGACUGAGGAUUACCUAAAGCACAAGAUCAGAAGCAGGCCUGAGCAAUCAGACCUGGUCAAUAUGCACAUUUUACAAGACUCAGCUGCAGAGGGGUCCAUUCAAGCUACUCAGAUGAAGCUGAAAAGAGCUCGACUUGCAGAUGAUCUCAAUGAAAAAAUUGCUCUCAGACCAGGUCCUUUGGAGCUGGUGGAGAAGAAUAUUAUUCCUGUUGACUCAGCUGUGAAAGAGGCAAUAAAAGGUGCCCAGGGGAGCUUCUCUAAAUCAGCUGAUGCUUUUGCCUUUGAAGAAGACAGUAGCAAUGAUGGCCUGUCCCCAGAGCAGGCCAGGAGGGAGGAUUUGCAGGGCUCCACAGAAUCACCAGCAGCCACCAAAAACUCAGAGGCAAUUUCCUCUGCCACAUCAGGGACAACUCAGGAUCAUUCCCGCACCUCUGAAAACAACGUGACUGACCUGACAUCAGUGCAAAACAGCCAGUGUGCAAGCCCAAAGCAGGUGAACGGCCAGCAGAGCCCACCCCUCCCAGUGCCUGCGGUGGUGAAGUCAAAAUCAUCCAGCGAUAGCAAGAACCGCCACAAAAAGCCCAAGGACACGAAGCCAAAGGUGAAGAAACUGAAGUAUCACCAGUACAUUCCGCCUGACCAGAAAGCAGAGAAGUCUCCUCCGCCCAUGGACUCAGCCUAUGCUAGACUCCUCCAACAGCAGCAGCUCUUCCUGCAGCUACAAAUCCUCAGCCAGCAGCAGCAGCAGCACUUCAGCUACCCUGGAAUCCACCAAGCACAGCAGAAGCAACCAAGUGAGCAAAUGGUCAAAAGUUCAAACUCUUCGUCAACUCCAGUCACCAACAUGCCCCUUUCUCCAGUGAAAACCACUUUUUCUGGACAGACCUGUGUUUCUUCUAUCAAACCAGGCCCUCUCCCUUCCAACCUGGAUGAUCUGAAAGUGUCAGAACUGAGGCAGCAGCUCCGAAUAAGAGGUCUCCCCGUAUCCGGUACGAAAACGGCACUGAUGGAGCGUCUGCGGCCCUUCCAGGACUGCAGUGGCAGUGUGGUGCCAAACUUCAAUGAAAUAACAACGGUCACCUUUCCAGUUACCCCAACAAACACGCUAUCAAGCUAUCAGUCACAGCCCUCGGCCAGCAUGCUAUCCAGCAGCUUCUAUCAGUUUGGCAGCACCAGCUCCUCCCCACCCAUCUCCCCAGCAUCCUCUGACCUUUCCGUCAGUGGCUCUUUACCAGACACAUUCAACGAUGGACCAAUGACUUCUCCACAGUUUGGUCUCCAACCAUCCCCUGUGCAUGGCAGUGCUGAAGAAAGCCUAAUGGGCAGCAUGAAUGGAGGGAGCAUCCAGUUGGAACUGGAAGGGAUCGACACAGAAAAAGACAAGAUGCUGGUGGAAAAGCAGAAGGUUAUCAAUGAACUGACGUGGAAGCUGCAACAAGAGCAGAGACAGGUGGAAGAACUGCGGAUGCAACUCCAGAAGCGAAAAAGGAACAAUGGCUUGGAGGAGAAGCAGCCACCCACCCAGCAUUUCUUUGGUGUUCCCAUCAAGCAAGAAAACACAGUAUCCAGCUGUCCAUUCUCAUCAAAACAAACUGCCUUGAAAGCCCAAGCCAACAGCUUGGAUAAACUAAGUAACUGUGGGACGCCGCAGCUGCCUCACAUUGUAAACAGCCUUUGCAUGGAAUCAGCAGGACAGAGCACCAUCACCUCCUCCACGUUUCUAAGCCCACAGUGCUCUCCACAGCAUUCUCCGCUUGGGACUGCAAAGAGCCCACAGCAUAUUAGUCUGCCACCAUCCCCUAACAGCCAUUACCUUCUCUCUGUGUCCCCUGGCUCUCAGGGAGAAGGACGCAGUGUUUCCCCACAGGCCAGCAAUCGACUUCGCCCAGCACCGAUGGCUACGCAGGCAGGUCAAAAGUUUUCUAUUCCAUCCCCAAGUUUUUGUAAGUCAAGCCCAGCCCUCUCGGAGGUAAAGCAGCCUCCAUCCUAUGCGGAUGCAGUGAAGCAGCAGAUGACUCGAAGUCAGCAAAUGGACGAGCUCCUGGAUGUGCUGAUUGAGAGUGGAGAAAUGCCAGCCAUUGCCAAAGAAGAUCGUUCCUGCCUCCAAAAAGUACCUCAGAUAACGGUGUCUUCAGGGAACGCCAGCGCUUCACUUCCAAAGGCCUCUGCUCCAUUUGAACAUGUUUCCUCAACCCAACUCUCAUUUGACCACUGCACUGGCAGCAAUGACACUCACCUAGAAGUCUUAUUAAAUUCCCAGAGUCCCCUGGGAAAGGUCAGCGAGAUCCCCCUCCUGAAAAUGGGUGGUGAGGAGUCUCACUUUGAAGGGCUGAUCGAUGGGUUUUCCAGCAAAGUUGCAGAUGAACUUCUGACAUCCCAGGAGAUUCCUCUCUCACCCAUGGAGACCCAGCUGUCACCCUCCUCCGCUGAAGGCUCCGGUUUACAAAUGAGUUUCACUGAAUCGCCCUGGGAAACGAUGGAAUGGCUGGAUCUCACCCCCCCCAGCUCAGCCACCGCCUUUGGCUCUUUCACCACCACCGGGCCCAGCCUCUUCAAUAUAGAUUUCCUAGAUGUCACUGAUCUCAGCUUAAACACCACCAUGGACCUUCACUUGCAGCAGUGGUGAAAGGUGGUGGCAAUACAGAUGGGGAUGUACAGCAAAAUCAGCCAACCACAAGUCCUUUCAUUAAACAACAGAACCAACAGGAAUUGAGUCCUGCUCAAAGGGCUAAUGUGCCAACCAGUCAGGGGAAACUGGAGUAUUUUUCCCAGUACAUAAUUCCUACCCUUUUUCACUGACUAAGAAUUGUCAGCGCAAUGAGGCUGACCCUUUAUUUUUCACACCUAUGUGGCUAUUGAUGCCUUUUAAAAAUGAGACUUCUCUAAAACAUUUUUUUAUGCUUUUUCAGUUUUAGCAGCCGUUCACAUGAGAACUGGAGUAGCUCGUGACAUACUGUGUGGAAAAGAGACUUCACCUGGGAGGAAGCAUGAAAGC